CUUGGUACAUGGUACAAUCUUUCAUCCAGUAAAAAAUCGUCAAUUUACAAUUUCGAGUAUUUUUUCUCAAGUCUUUCUAUAAACCAUAAGCUGGGAAGAUUCGACUGAACAAACUAUUGAAUCAAUGCGGCUCUGUAUAACAAUAACGCCGCGGUUAUUUAUAGGAAACAAACUCGCAACCCAUCCCGUCUUUGGCUCGUCGCAAUUUUCACUUCAGUCCCUUGCCUUCGCCAAUUGCCACACUCACUUAUCUGAAGUUGGAAGAGGUAUACGUCUUCAUCAUCAAUUUGAUAAGAGAGCCAAGUCUCGACGGGAUAGGACCAAUACUAUAAGCGCUGCUGAGAUGAUACGUAUGAUUGGAUUUCCAAAUUCGCAAAAAAUGGCUUCAUCAGACAGACAGGUGAAAUUGGGUGACCAAGAUCAAGAGUCAAGACCCAACCGCGGGAAAAGGCCGUUCCAUCAUGAAAAGUCUAAGCUAGGAAUGAAAAGGGAAAACAAGAAGAAACAGAAAAAGGCGAAGAAAAGCGAAACGGACAUGAAGACUGGCUCAGCGGAGGAAGUCUUAGCUAUUGACGUGCAGAAUCUAAUCGAGUCUCUCAAGCAAGAUGAUGAUAGAGCGGUAGAAGAAGGGAAUAACGCGCCAGAGCCAGAAACCGAAAACUUGCCGGAGGAAGGCUCCGAGAUAGAAGUCGAAGUUGUCGAGCUUGCCUCAACAGGAGAGGGCCUAGCUUUACAUAAAGGCUCUAAGCGCGUAUACGUCGUGCCAUUCUCAGUACCAGGCGACACUGUCAAGGUGAAGGUGUACCGCCACCUAAAGGAAGAGGGUUAUACCGUGACGGAUUACCUCUCUGUCGUGACGCCGUCAGCCUCCCGCGACGACAGCCGGAUCCAGUGCAAAUACUUCGCCACUUGCUCCGGGUGCCAAUUUCAGAUGCUAGAUUAUACCGAGCAGUUGAAGCACAAGAAGAACAUCGUCGAAAAGGCCUUCCGCAACUUCUCCCAACUACCCCCAGAGCUUAUCCCCGCUAUCCAGGACACCAUCGGCAGUCCUCUUCAAUACGGCUACCGAACUAAGCUGACACCACACUUUGAUGCCCCCCAGGGCUGGCGCAAAACUAAGGAGCCCUUUAAGAGCUGCCCCCCUAUUGGCUUUAUGCCUAAGGGCAAGCGCAACACUUUAGAUAUUGAAGACUGCCCUAUUGGCACCGACGCUGUACGUCUUGGUAUGAAAAAUGAACGUGCACGUAUGGCCGUCGAGUACGGAAAAUACGUACGGGGCGCUACGAUUCUUCUGCGCGAAAGCACCAAGCGUAUUCCGAAGAAACAGAGCGAAGCCGAAGGAACAUCUUCACCGAAAGGAGCGAAUGCAAGAUCACCAUCGCCCCCGCCUCCCGAGGACUCUGUUGUUAGGGUCGAGACAGACUCGUACACAGACCUAAAGACCUGCGUGACAGACAACAACGGCACAUCAACCGAGUACGUCGGGCCCUACGUCUUCCACAACCCAGCCGGCUCCUUCUUCCAGAACAACAACUCCAUCCUCCCCGUCUUCACAGACUACAUCCGGGAGCACAUCCUCCCCCCUUCCUCCCCUCUUUCCCCUGAAAUCAAAUUCCUCAUCGACGCCUACUCCGGCUCCGGGCUCUUUACCAUAACCCUAUCUUCCCUAUUCAGCGGCGGAAGCGUCGGCAUCGACAUCAGCGAAGCCUCGAUCAAAUAUGCGUCCCGUAACGCCGCGGCAAAUAACCUCCCCCCUUCGCGUGCGAAAUUCAUCGCCGCCGAUGCCAAGGACUUGUUUACGUCCGCCGUGCGCGAGGCAUACCCCGGCGAUCAAACCGUCGUGGUGCUUGACCCCCCGCGUAAGGGUUGCGAUCAGGAUUUCCUAAACCAGUUGUUGCGCUUUGCGCCCCGCCGUGUCGUCUACGUGAGCUGUAACGUACACACGCAAGCACGCGAUAUCGGUAUCCUGGUUCGUGGGCUUGAGGGUGCGGGUAGCGCAGAGACGGGGACAGAGAUGGAAACAGAUGCCGCAGAGCCAAAAAAGAGAUGGACAAGGUAUGCAAUUGAAAGUCUGCGCGGCUUCGACUUCUUCCCGCAGACGGGACAUGUUGAGGGCGUUGCUAUUUUGAAUCGGGUGGACGGCUAGGUAUUCUGAUAUUAGGUGGCCAUCCAUCUACCUAUUUACUACGGACGUCUUAAAUGGAAAAUAUGAGGUUAAACUACUCGUGUUAGGGAACUCGGUACUGUACUAUAGAAGGGCUUCAUUUAUAGAGGACGUUUACGCGGCGGCGUAAGGUUGAACAGGGCAAUACUUAUUCGAUAACUAACAUUAGAUAUAAGAA